AUGGACAAAGAGGAAGAGAACCACUAUGUUUCGCAACUUAGAGACAUCUACAGCAGCUGUGACACCACAGGGACAGGCUUCCUGGACCGGGAGGAGCUGACCCAGCUCUGCCUGAAACUCCGUCUGGAAAAACAGCUGCCUGUCCUUCUGCACACACUUCUUGGAAACAACCAGUUCGCCAGGGUUAACUUCAAGGAAUUUAAGGACAGUUUUGUGGCUGUGUUGUCAUCACAGGCUGGUCUUGCCUCCUCAGAUGAAGACAGUGGGUCUUUGGAGUCAGUUGCCUCCCGGGCUAUGCCCUCAGAGGACGUGAGUGGCUCUAAGUGGUCCGGUUGUCGGAGCCAGCCCGAGCCCUGUGGCCCUGCAGGUGGAGCCCCAGGUUUACCGGAGCAGCCGGUCAGACCCAGUGCGAGGAGCCAGCUCUGCCGCUCGGCCUCCCUGGAAAGCGUGGAGAGUCUCAAGUCUGAUGAAGAAGCCGACAGUGCGAAGGAGCCUCAGAAUGAAUUGUUUGAAGCCCAAGGCCAGCUGCCAACCUGGGGUUCCGAGGUCUUCGGCAGCCCCCGGAAACCCCGCAGCCUCUCCUUCGACACCCUCAAAAGCCGGGUCCGGGGCCUCUGGGAAGAGCUGGGUGUGGGCAGCUGCGGACACCUCACAGAGCAGGAGCUGGCCCUGGUCUGCCAGACCAUCGGGCUCCAGGGCCUGGCAAAGGAGGAACUUGAAGACCUGUUCAACAAGCUGGACCAAGAUGGGGACGGCAGAGUGAGUCUGGAGGAGUUCCAGCUUGGCCUGUUCAAUCAUGGGUCCCCUCGACCGCUGGAGCUGGCCCCACUCGUCAAACUCAGCCGGUCCGGUUCUCAUUACCAGGUAAGGGAGGAGAGUGUUGGCCAGACCACCACGUCGUCCCUCGUGUCCGUGUGCUCCGGCCCCCGCCUCUUCUGCAGCGUGGAUGACGGCAGCGGGUUCGCCUUCCCGGAGCAGAUCAUCUCCUUGUGGGCCCAGGAGGGCGUUCACAAUGGCAGGGAGGUCCUGCAGAGCCUUGACUUCAGUGUGGACGAGAAGGUGAACCUUUUGGAGCUGACCUGGGCCCUGGAGAAUGAGCUCAUGAUGGUGGACGGUGCCGCCCAGAAGGCAGCCUUGGCCUGCUACCGCCAGGAGCUGAGCUUCUGCCAGGAGCAGGUGGAGCAGAUGGCCAGGGAGCGAGAUAAGGCGAGGCAAGACCUGGAGAAAGCUGAGCAGAGGAACCUGGAGUUUGUGAAAGAGACGGACGACCUCCACUCUGCCCUGGAGCAGCUCGCGGAGGAGAAGGUCAGACGCCUGGAGCAGGGAUACCAGGGGAGGCUGAGCCUCCUGCGGUCCGAGGUGGAGGUGGAACGCGAGCUGUUCUGGGAGCAGGCUCGGCUGCAGAGGGCCGGACUGGAGGAAGACCUGCGGCGCCUGCAGGUGGAGGAGACCGGCCUGCGCCAGAAGCUGACCCUGGCCCUGAAGGAAAAUAGUCGAUUGCAGAAGGAGAUGAUUGAAGUCGUGGAGAAGCUCUCAGACUCAGAGAAGCUAGUCCUGAAGCUGCAGAAUGACCUGGAGUUUGUGUUGAAGGACAAGCUGGAGCCACAGAGCACAGAACUCCUGGCCCAGGAGGAGCGAUUCUCAGAGAUCCUGAAGGAAUAUGAGCUUAAGUGCCGGGACCUGCAGGACCACAGCGAUGAGCUGCAGGCUGCCCUGCAAGGCCUGCAGGCACAGAUGGCCCCGAGCCUGCACAGCCACCUGCCCCUGGGACACGGCCCGGCAGGCACCAUCACGUUCGUGGGUGAUUCCGCCCCAGCGAGUAUAGAAACAGAGAUCAUGUUGGAGCAGCUGAAGGAGCGUUACCAAGAACUCAGGAUCCAGCUGGAGACCCAGGUUAGUGACCACGAGAGGGAGAUGGAGGUGAUGAAAAGGGCCUUUGCAGAGGAGAGGAGGCAGCUGGAGCGGGGCCACGCGUGGCGGCUGAGCCAAGAGAGGACACGGCUGCAAGAGGCGCUCCAUCGGCUCAGAAUCGAGUUGGAAAAGCUUUAUGAAGAAAACACACUUUUGAAAAAUGAGUUGGGGAGGAUCCGACAAGAGCUUGAAGCUUCAGAAAGGACAGAGGCUGCACAGAGGAAGGAAAUUGAGGUUUUAAAGAGAGACAAGGAAAAGGCCUGCUCUGAGAUGGAAGAGCUCUGCACACAGAGUCACAAGUGUAGGGAUGAACUAUCCCAGCUCAACCACAGGGUCCUGCAGCUUGGAGAGGAGGCCUCUACCCACCAGGCCCAAAGCGAUAAGAAUCACGUCACCAUCCAGCUGCUGACACGCAGAGUGGAGGAGGCCGAGCUCCGGAAGGAACUGCAGGGUAACCAAAUCCAAAAACUUGAACUUGAACUUGACCGCGUGACUCAGGAACGUCAGAGCCUGAGACUGGCCCAGUCACAGCUGAGAGAAGCCCUUGAAGACAGUCGGGACCAGCUGUAUGGAGCCACCCAAAGGCUGUGGCUGGCCCGGUCCCAGCACGCCCAGCGGGUGCGGCAGCUGCAGGAGGAGAUAGCACAGCGCAUGCCUGCAAGCCGUAUGGCCGAGCUGUACCAGCUGCUGGAAGGGGAACAGCGGGCGGCUCAGCAGCUCCAGGAAGAGGCACGGGAAGCACAUGAAAAACAGCUGAAAGCAAGAGAAGAGCGGGUGGAAGAGGUGGAGAUGACUUUGAAGAACAUGGAAGUGCUCCUCCAAGAGAAAGUGGGUGAGCUGAAGCAACAGUUUGAAAAGAGCACACGAUCUGAUCUGCUGCUCAAGGAGCUCUAUGUGGAAAAUGCCCACCUGACAAAAGCGCUUCAAGUCACUGAAGAGAAGCAACGAGGCGCCGAGAAAAAGUCCCGAUUCUUGGAAGGAAAAGUUAGAGCUCUCAGCAAACUCCUCAGCAAGAUUGCUACAGUUUCCCUCGCUGUGUAG